AUGCUCCGCCCCGCGGAAGAGGAGGAGCCGGGGAUGGGCGGUAGCGUGUUUGUCUUUGAUUCACGCCGCCGCUGCCGCUGUUGUUGCCACCGCUGUUGUUACCUCCCCUGCCGCGCACCCUCCCAGUUUCCUCCUGACUGUGUUUCAUUUGCGGGAAGGGAGAGAAAAGGUUGAGGCCGUUGCGGGAAGCGGCGGCGGAAGAACAAGAUUCGUGAAGCCUUGAACGUAAACUGAAAUGUCUUCUUGGGUCAAAGUGACUACAGAUCAAGCACAAACACCUGUUCCAGAAAAGAGGCAUAGACCUGGAUGGAUUCCACGACUUCUAGACAUAAAUCCUUACAAAACCUUUCAGAAGAGCUCUUACUCGUCUCCAGAGGGUUAUUCAAAGGACUAUGAAGAUGCUAACAGCUUUGAAGAACUCUUUGGGCAGCAGUAUCAUCCAUCAACAGGGAAUGAAGAUAAUUAUGAGAGAUACCAAUAUUCUCAAAAAGAUGAUGACUACACAAAGGACGUUCUUCGGGACAAGCUGUACUUGCAGUUUCACAAGCAGUUAAAGAAGGAGUACGACAAAGACCGACCUUCAGACUGUGUCAUUGUUUCCAUCAGCAAGGAUCAAGCGGAAUAUUCAACAGCCAUAGGCCAUCGGUUGCAGGAUCAUGGCCUUGUUGUGGAAAUGAUAUACCUUACAUCUGAAUCAGGUCUUACACGUGCCCUACAAGAAGUUAAAAAUGAUGGUUCCCCAUUCUGUGUUCUUGUUGAACCAUCUAACGUAACACUUUCCUCUUGCACCGUAAUCAUGCUUCAUCAGUCUAUCAAAAUACACCGUAAUAUGCCCAUGGAGGAUGCAUUGGCUCUGAUAGCUAAGGCGUUUGAGAAAAUUUGUGCUGAGCGCGAACAACAGGAACGCACAGAGAUUUCACACAAAGCAGCUGAUCUGGCGAAUGACUACCUAGAGCGGGAUCACUAUGACAGUUACCAUGUGCCUCUAGGCAUUAGACAUCUCCUCUUUCUGUUAAGUGAGGGAAAACAUUUGUAUAUGGAAGAAUUGAACUCAAUAAGUGACUUCCUGAAGACCAGGAGAAAUAAGCUUGAAGUCUUUGUUGCAGAAACAGACGCUUUAGCUGUUGCAGCUGAAGACACGGUGUAUCCAGCAAGUGUCCGGCCAAGCACUAGUGCUCUCCCCCAGACUCUAAGCAAACCCCCACCCCUUCUUCCAACUCCUGGCCGGAAUUCUGUGUUAGGCCAGUCAUCUGUAUCUUCAGCUAAGCCAGCUUUGUUGGGUGAAAGACCGUUGACAGGUCUUCUUCCCACACCAGGGCUGGCUGGCCCAAAGGGCAACCCUCCGCCACUUCUGAUAAAGUCUGUUAAAAGACCAGUCCACCUACCUCCAUCUCCACAUCUGCCUGCAAAGCGGCCACUGCUUAGUGGCAGACCGGGCUUGCUGCCAACACCAGGUGAGAGCUUGGUUGCUAAGGCACAGCAUCAUUGGGUACCCAAGCCAAAGUUCCUAGCUUGAUGGGACACCUGGAUUAAAUGGAGUACACGGCAAUACCUGCUUGCAUCAUCCCUCUUGCAAGACAGCAGCACCUGACAAAUGUGUGUUAUAGUACACCAGACAAGCUUAAAUGUGUAUUGUUUUCUGUUGUACACUUUCCUGGGUAUUUUCUUUUUUUUUUUACUUAAGUGGCAGAGUGAAAAUAGAUGUUUGUGGAAAUAUCAGUAUUGUAGAUUCCCAGUACUAACAUU